AUCCUUGCUACUUUGGAUAUGGAAGGUUUGACUAACAGCACCCUUGUUUAUUUUACAUCGGAUCAUGGGGGAUCUUUAGAGGCUCAACUCAGAAACAACCAGUAUGGCGGCUGGAAUGGAAUCUACAAAGGUGGCAAAGGGAUGGGGGGCUGGGAAGGCGGCAUCCGUGUCCCAGGGAUCUUCCGCUGGCCUGGGGUGCUGCCUGCUGGCCAAAUGAUCCACGAGCCCACCAGCCUGAUGGAUGUUUUCCCCACCGUGGUCCAGCUGGGGGGCGGUGAGGUGCCCCAGGACAGGGUGAUUGAUGGCCGGGACCUGCUGCCCUUGCUGCUGGGGACAGCACAGCACUCUGACCACGAGUUCCUGCUGCAUUACUGUGAGAAUUUCCUGCACGCAGUCCGCUGGCUCCAACGGGACGGAGGAAGACUAUGGAAAGUCCACUACACGACCCCAGUGUUCCACCCAGAGGGAGCCAGCGCCUGCUACGGGAGAGGGGUCUGCCCGUGCUCCGGGGACCAAGUGGCCCAUCACAACCCACCUUUGCUCUUCGACCUGUCCAAAGACCCUUCCGAAGCCCACGCCCUCACCCCGGACACGGAGCCCUUGUUCUAUCAGGUGAUGGACACGGUCGCAUGGGCCGUGGAGGAGCAUCGCCAGACGCUCAGCCCGGUUCCUCUGCAGCUGGACACGUGGGGCAACAUCUGGAGACCUUGGCUCCAGCCCUGCUGCGGCCGGUUCCCCCUCUGCUGGUGUGAUUGGGAGGGAGACCCAGAAUCACUGCCUGCCAGGGAGAGCUAGCUCCUUCCCUGAUCCCUGCACUUCUGGUCGAAAUACAACUCCCCGGUGAAGUUCA